AUGGUGUAUUCCAAAGCCUGCUUGUUGAUCCUCGGUGUGGCCGGUGCCCAUGCAACCACUCUCCAGGAUGACAGUUACUUUUACGGACAGAGUCCACCUGUCUAUCCCACUCCCAAUAUGACUGGGGCCGGCGGAUGGGGCUACGCACUUUCCAAAGCUCAAGAUCUGGUGGCACGUAUGUCUCUCGAAGAAAAGAUCAGUAUCACUGCAGGGGUUACGGAUGACACGAGUGGCUGUGGAGGCAAUAUUCCCGCGAUCAAUCGCCUUGGGUUCCCCGGAAUAUGUCUACAGGAUGGCCCCAAUGGGAUCAAGGGAGCAGAGCUGGUUAACGGUUAUCCAUCUGGUAUUCAUAUCGGUUCGAGCUGGAACAAAAGCCUCGCUUAUCGCCAGGCGCAUGCUAUCGGCGGUGAGUUCAGGCGAAAGGGUGUAACAUUGGCACUUGGUCCACCGGUUCUCGGUCCUCUUGGGCGAAUUGCGCUUGGAGGUCGCAAUUGGGAAGGCUACGGCAAAGACCCAUAUCUCAGUGGUAUCAUGGGAGCUGAAACCGUCCGAGGUGUGCAAGACAACGGAGUUAUUGCAUGUGCAAAGCACUUCGUGGGUAAUGAGCAAGAAUUACACAGGAAUCCUCGUCCAGACCCGGUCACAAACAAAACCGUCGAGACCUCCUCUAGUAACAUGGACGACAAAACUAUGCACGAACUUUAUAUGUGGCCGUUUGCUGACGCUGUGCACGCCGGAGUUGCAAGUAUCAUGUGUGCCUACCAGCGACUCAACAACAGCUACUCGUGCCAUAACAGCAAACUCCUCAAUGGGCUCUUGAAGACCGAGCUCAACUUUCAGGGGUUCGUCUUGAGCGACUGGUUUGCCCAGCACACUGGUAUUGCGAGUGCCAUGGCUGGCCUUGACAUGGUCAUGCCCGAUGGGGACCUCUACUGGGGUGCCAACCUUACAAACGCAGUGCGCAACGGGUCCAUCCCAGUCUCCCAGAUCAACAAUAUGGCCACCAGGAUUAUGGCAGCUUGGUAUCUCUCUGGUCAGGAUAACCAAAGCCUCCCACCGGUUGGUAUUGGGAUCACCGCAGACUACAAAAAGCCGCAUCCCGUUAUUGAUGCCCGAGACCCCGGUGAUGAGGCCCUCCUUCUCGAGGGAGCUAUCCAGGGGCAUGUCUUGGUCAAGAACGUCGGCAAUGCCUUGCCAUUGUCCAAGCCACGUAUACUAUCGAUCUACGGGUACGACGCGAAGGUUGCAAACAUCAAUCUUGCAAUGGCUGGGAUAAAUGGCUGGACCCAGGGGCUGGAGGCACAUGAUUACAAGAGUGUUGUAUGCGGUUUUGGCCCAACCGGAGGUCACUGCCCUCCGUUCGCUCCGAUUGCUGCCAAAGGGACUUUAAUCGGCGGUGGUGGCUCGGCGGCAAUUACGCCCACGUAUAUCAGCAGUCCCUUUCAGGCCUUGGAAGCCCGCGCACGCCGCGACGGCACACAAUUGUUUUGGGACCUUGAGGGUUCACAGGUGACUAAUGUGGAGUCAGAAGCCUGCCUUGUUUUCGUCAAUGCAGCUUCGUCCGAAGGAGUUGAUCGGCCGGCCCUAAGAGAUGAUUAUACGGACGGACUUAUCCUCGACAUUGCCUCUCAGUGCAACAAUACGGUGGUUAUUAUUCACAAUGCAGGUGUCCGGCUAGUCGAUCAAUGGAUCGAUCACCCGAACGUUACGGCUGUUAUAUUUGCACAUCUGCCUGGUCAAGACUCCGGAGAGUCCAUUACCCAGAUUCUAUACGGAGACGUGAGCCCAAGUGGAAAACUUCCUUAUACCGUACCCCAUAAUGAGUCAGACUACGGGGCAUUGCUCAAUCCGGUGACCUAUACAGACUGGGAUCGGUAUUUCCCGCAGGAUAACUUUACGGAGGGAGCUUUUAUUGACUAUUGUGCAUUCGAUAGGAACGGUAUUGUUCCACGGUUCGAGUUCGGGUUCGGUAUGACAUAUACAACGUUCAAGUAUUCGAACCUCAACGUCAGAUACACUAUAGAUUUAUCUGAGCUCCCAGAGUAUCCGAUUGGUCCUAUGAUUCCAGGCGGAAAUGCUGACCUCUGGGACACCAUUGCGGUUGCAACGGCUGACAUCACCAAUACUGGUCAAAUGGAGGCAGCGGAGAUUGCACAACUCUAUAUUCAGAUCCCUAUCGAAGGCCAGCCACUCUUACAGUUGCGGGGCUUUGACAAGGUCACAGUCCCUCCUGGCGGAAGGAGGACUGUUGAGUUCAAUAUCAGGCGCCGUGACAUCAGCGUGUGGGAUGUGGCUUCUCAGAACUGGAAACUCAUUCUUGGAGCACAGUAUCCGAUUUUUGUUGGUGCCAGCUCCCGCAAUAUCAUUCUAAACGGGACAUUAGAACUGUAA